GCGUCGUUCGAGAGAAGGUAUCUAUCUUCCCGUAGUUGGGACAAGACUGUUUUCUGUUUGAAGGACUUGUAAUUAACUAAAUCUUAAGAUUUACAACGGGUCCUCAGGCUAGCUGAACGUGCACUGCCGAAACGCGUCGGCAUCUGGCGAUCAUCUUACCUGGCGAAUAAGGUCUUUGUUAAACAAACGUUCAUCCCUUGACCGCGGCUACGUUGGCGACUGGUUGUCGCCUCGAUCCCAAGCUCAUUGUCACGGGUCCCAAAUAAGUACACUCAGGUUGACUGACAAUUGUUUAAUUACGGCUACGGUAGAAUCUAAAUUACAUUAUUAAGGGAUUUUCCCAAGGUUCCAAAGGAAGGCUCCGGUGUUCCUUCAUCUCCGACAUAUAUUUGACUUCUAAGAAACUUCUUUAAUCAUAUUUUUAGACCUGAUAAGUUCUUCCCACUUUUAAUUAUUUUAUGUUAAAAUAUGCUGUUGUGUUUAUGUUAAAAUAUGAAUCUUCAUAAGAUAAUUUACAGAAAUAUAUUUAUUAUAUCCUUUGCUUCUGACCUGUAAGCGAUAUAGUAAUUUAUGCAACGAAUUUUACAAAGACAACGCACGAUGUACGACAGCGUGUUAUAUGCACGAAGGAUUGCGACCAAUACUUCGAACACAACACCCAUUUGCAAUCUACGAGGACAUCACGUGUGACACAACGGGUUCAGUUUAUAUCUGGAAGAGCCACGAACUCGAACCACCCUUGAUACCCGUGGAACCCGGUUCCAGCGUAUCCGGUUACGAGAUUCCAGACUGCACGUGCCUAUUGUCGUCUGGUGCUUCACCUGACACGUGGCAAUUUUCAAUUCCCCAGUUCGUACGAUGUGGACUGCUUGACUUUUUCAUGAGAUACUUGACAGAGGAGGCAUUGUAUAUAAUACCUUGGCAUUAUAAGGAAGGAGAAGUGAUAGGCAAAAUAUGCGAAGAGAGUUAUGAAAAAGUUCAAAAGAUAUGUGACAAAGACAAGGUAUAUGAAAAUGAAAGGAGUAAAGUACAAAAAAGUAAAAUACGAAGUAAAACACAGGACUUUCUUAUUGAAGAGACAAGAGGAAGGGGCGAUGAUUGUGCAUUCGCAGGUUGGUUCCAGUUUCUGAGAUAUUCGGGAAACACUGUUGGUACUACUGUAGUGAAUUUUGUCUACAAUUGUGCGUCCAUGACAGCAUAUGCGUUAGUAUUACGGCCAGUCUUACGGCGGAAACCAAAGCCGAGUGGGGAUUAUAUGAAUAGGAAAGAGUUCUACAACAUAUUAAAAAAUCAUCGAAAUCAGUGAGGAUGCUCUGUGAUAAAAUCGAGUUCUCGAACAUCGAGGGUGGUUCGGUACUGGAGUCGGGAUAUAAAAGCGAAGGUGCAGUUUCUAGAUCCGAAAGAGUGGGUCAAGUGAUAUCGACCAUGCAGAAGCAGUAGAGAUAUAGGAAGAUUCGGUUUCGCGAUUCAUUCUGGGAGUAUCUUUGUUUAGCCUGAAGAGCCAACUGCUAUAUUUGCUCUUUGUCGUACUAUAGCGUGUCGUCUACCAGUCGAGACAGACCAACUAUAUUUGUCUAUGCUUUCUGUUGACCUAUAGCAAACGUGGCAGCGACGCAAUUCGUUGCUCAACCAUUAAUAGCUUUUUCCGUAUUCAGCCUUUUUCAUCUUUGACGUCAGCAUUGGCCAUGUCUUGCCGGAUGAACUUGCACGAAGAAUGCAUUUUAUUUAAGACGACGAAUGAUCUGUCUCGAGUACACGAGUCAUGCGAAAGUCGUACACGAAUCAGAACACAAAUCUAGAAUGUGAGAAAUAAUUUAUGCUCGUUAAUUAUCUAGAUACCGUUUCAAUUUAUAAACGGAUUCUGGUUUUACCAUAUAAUCAGCGACUGAUUCGUUCAUUUACGUUUCUUAAUUACUUGCCCAAAUCCGUGAUAAAUUAAUCAUGCGAAUGGGAAAUUUCUGUGAAAAUUUCGUGAGUAAAAUUCUUUAAACGAAUGUUUGGUCCCCAUAUAGUACAUCAAAGUUUUGUGAAAGAUUUCUAGUAAUGAUAGUAAUUGAGUUUUAACAAUAAUUUUUGAAACACUUAACGGUUUUAAGAUAAACAAGUUUUUAAACAAAAAAUGUUUUUACAUUCUAAUAAAAUUAUUUAUUCAAUGAAGAGCACGUAAAUAGUCUUCCUAAAAAAAUGUUAUAGAAAGUAUUGUGAAUUAUAAAAUGUAUAAAUGUAACUUCUAGGGAAAUAGCAUAAAAUUACUCUAUUUAGGAACAAUUACGCUAUAUUAGACAAUAACUCGAUGGAAUUUGUUAUAUUACUCUGUUUGUAGCCUUUCAAGGUGUUUAUAAAAGUCUCACAAUACAAAAGAAUUUCAAAUAUAGUACAGAUGUACGCAUUAUCUUCUUUUUCAAAUGAAAUCAUGAAAAAUAUUGAUUUUGUUAAGCGUUUCAUAUACGAGCAUUACGUCUGUCAGUACUUAUUUAUUUCCAAUCGUGAUACACAGCUAGGUAUCAACAUAAGUCAUAAAGAUUAUAAUACUAAAAGCAAAUAUCGCUCUAGUAGUAACAUUAAGAAAAGCGAGACAAAACAUAAGCUCUAUAAAUCUUAUCGAAACCAUCCUCUUUACUAAAAUUCCAUCCUUUUUUUAAUAUAAUUGUGUAUACUACUAUAUAUAAUGAUAAUACUAUACAUAGCAUACGUUAUUCAUUCAUUGUUAUGCACAACA